AUGGAAGUAUUACGAUUAGUUUAUGAUUCGGUGCAAAAUCUUCAACGUUUGCCAUGCACAUUGGGUAUGAUUGAUGGAGAAUGUGUGGAUCAAAAUGAUUUAAUAGAUGAAGCAAGCAAACUAUUAACAAUGUGUAGUAAUAUUCAGCAGAAAAUUCUGAAUGCUGAAUCAAUCAGUACAGCAGCAAGAAAUAGUGCUACCAAUGGUACUGAGGCAAUAUCAUUAGUAGACAAUUUAUUAUCGUAG